AGAUUCAAAAUAUGGGAACCAUUUAAGAAGCAUUCGAAAUAUACGCGAAAAGUUUGCUUCAUUAAAACGCCUAGCCUGCAAUGGGAAUGGAUAGUCAACAUUAUAAGGCGAUAUAAAGCUGUCACAGAGUAUGUUGACUUACUAAAUAAUUUUUCAAAGAUGAAUUACUUAGUUACAAUUUCUUUAGUGAUGAUUCUCAUUGUUUUUGAUUACAUUUAUAUAUUUCAAUUAUCUAAAGUAUCACAAAAUGUAAUUGAAACAAUCGAAUGCAGCAUCUAUAGUAUUGGUUCUAUUUUUAUACUAUAUCUUAAUUUUUACCUUGGCCAAAAGCUAUUGAACCAUAGCAGUGCAGUUUUCAAGGAAUUGAAUAAAAUUCCAUUCUACACUUUUCCCAUAAAUUAUCAAAAAUUGCUAUUAUUUAUAAUAAUGAGAAGCGGAAGACCAUGCGUGCUUUCAAUCGGUGGUAUGUUUGUAUCAUCACAUGUAACAUUUGCUGCGAUAAUGCGAAAAGCAUUCUCUUUUGCUACGGUAUGUUAUACUGUUCAAUAAUUUUAUAUUAUGUUCUAAACGAUGAAAUAGUUUUAAUUAUCACUACACAUGUAUGUGAAAAAUUUAAUUUAUUUCAUAGAAAAUCGAAUCUACUCACUUUUAUAGAAAAUAAUAAGAUGUUUGUAACGAUGGAAAAGCACAUAUGACAUUAUUGUUCGAUAUUAAUUAUUUAUUUCAUGUAAGAUUUUAUAAUUAUAAUAUUCGUCUUACUUUUUUUUUUUAAAUAAUCGCUUUCUAUAUGUACUGCGUAAUUGUCACCGAUCUUCUUUGUAUAAGUAUAUUACAUUUGAUGGACUGUAUUAUCGACAAAGUAAA